AACACGAGCGAAACCUUCCUUCCUCUGUGACAUUACCUGAGAACUUCCUCCUUUGUUCUUUCUGGUUUACAUAGAAAUGUUUUAAAAUGCUUUCCAUUUAUGAAUUGUACUUUAGUGAUAGAACUUUGACAUGGAGAUGACAUUAAAGUGUAAAAAGUGCAGGAUCAACCUGAUAGAAAGUCAGCACGGCCUGUUGAACGGCCACAACGAGUCAGCAGACUAUUCAAGGAUCAACCAACCGUACCUGAACGAAAAGUGCCAAGACGAGACUUUCUCGGCGUUUUAUUUACCGGAAGACAAAUACCCGCAGUGGGUUUCGGACGCUGUGACUGAUCUAAACUGGGUGUCUGGAAAGCUCAAAUGUCCUGGGUGCUCAGUGACCGUCGGCUCUGUGGACUUUGUCGCAGGGAGGAAAUGCUCCUGCGGGAGCAACAUUCUCCUCCCUGUGAAAAUUAUCAGGAGCAAAGUUGACCCACACUUGAUUAAACACUAAUUAAAUUAAAUAAAAGUGUCAUGUUUUAAUGACUUUUUUACCAACCUGAA